GUACCGCUCCGAAGUCCAAAUAUCAUGUGCUAUAAUUUAUAAUAACAAACUUAGCGCCAAAAUUCAAUUCAAUUUCUCAGUCCGUUACACCUUAUUCAGAAGAUGCGAACUCGCUUUCUCAACAACGACUACUUCGCUCUUCCUCCACAACAAACCAUUCCCUUCCUCUACCUUCCUGUCCCUCGUCUCCCUCCGACACCAACCUCCGCCGUCCACCACCACCUCCGCUUUGAUCCUCCCCUCAAUCUCUCCCUCCACCUCGAACCCUUCCCCGUACAAGCUGCGCUAACUGCCUUCCUCGCCGCUGUCCUCCCACACCGAAUCCGCAUCCACUCUCGAGAUCUCACAGCUUUGGAUCCCGCGCAAGAGGCGGAGGUUAUCUUCGAAGAUCGUGGCUCAGAAACUGAAAUUAAAUUUUCGAAUGAGAGUAAAACUAUUGUGCUCGGUGAUAAGAACGAUUUUGUUUAUGAGACGAUCCAAUUUGAGACACCUGAGCUUGACGUGUUCCUGGAAAAUGUAUGUGUCACUGAAUCGGAGAGGAUGCAAAUGCUGUCUCAAACUCCAGAGGUUGAAAAUAGCCUGGAAAUGCUCAAGAAGCCUGAACCAUCAAGGCAGUACCCUUACGAGGCUCUGGAAUCAGUAUCUUUGGUUGAAGAUGUGAUCUCGGAGUACCUGAUGGGGGAAAAUGCAUAUUCUCUAGAAGAUCAUAUUUCUGUUCCUCAACUGCCUCGCUCUGACCAAAACAUAUUUCUUAUUUUGGAAGUGGACGAGGGAAGUUUGGUAAUUCCCACUGGCAUAUCUUUGGUAGGAGUAGUUGACUCGUAUUUUGAAAAUAUCAGAUCUCAAAAUUUUGAUGAGCAGUGUCAAUCCAUAGCAGAGGGCAAGGAACUUCUGGGUUCUAUGAAGCAUAGCAUGAUGGAAUUUUUCUCAGAUGAAUGUGAAUCAAAGAAGAGCAUUGAGUUAUUAGAUAUGUUUCCCGAAAGCGAUUUUAUGAAUAUACUGGAAACUGAACAUGUUAAUGGGAGUACUGGCCUCCAGAGGAUAUCACAUACUAAUAGUGACUUGUUAGAUAAUCUUGUUACCUUCCAGGAGUUUGAGUUCCUUGAUGAAGACUUAAUGCAAACCUUUGAAGCUUUCUACAAAGCGAAAGCUUCGGAUGAUCUAAUAACAAAGGACUGUAUGUUUAAGAAAGAGUUUAAUUUCAAGACUUUUGAUGAAUUGAUAGUUAGCAAUGAGAUAGCGCUAACAGAUAACACGUUUAAAUCACUGCCUGUACCUGUUAUCUCUGAUCAACAAAGGAUGAUAAAUCUACAUGACAUUAUUGGAGAACAAAUUUCCAGCUUGAAGACCCGACCGCUCUCUGCAUCUGAUGGAAUUUACUUAAACUGGGAUCUACUUGAAGAAGAUAGGUGCAAUCGCAAGAUUUCAAACUGGUAUCAGGACAUAUUGGCCAAGAUUGUUCUGAACAAGGAAGAUUUUGUAGGUAAACCUUAUGAUUAUGGAAAAUUGGUAUUUGGUCUAGUUUUCUGUGAUGAUACCAUAGGUGAAUGUGAAAUUAAACAAGAUGAAGAGUUGCAGAAGUUGCUUUCUGAUUGCAUGCCUCUCAUUUACAAUCAUCCUGUACAAUUUGCUUCGGGAAAAAUAUUAGAACAUGUGUCUUUUAAACAAGGUAGUGGAGAACAAUUACCUGAAAAAAUGGCUGAGAGGGCUUCAUUGUUAUUUAAAUCUAUGUCAGAAAUCAGCAAUCUUGAUUAUUUCUUGAACCCUCAGAAAUUUACUGGUGAAGGGAAUUAUAAUUAUGCAGUAGAGUCCACUAAUGCUAAUGUUAGUAUUCCAAAAGUUUCAUCCACUGAAUUGAAGGUUGAUACACAGUCACUAGGGUCCCAUACUGUUCUGCAUAGAGUUAAGUUGUCCGAUAAUAUUGUGACACUGGCUGGAUAUUUUGAAGAAAGCUAUUUAGCCAUUUUGCACAGAGAUACAGAAAUGACAAAAACACAUAAAUCAAAUGUAGAUUAUUUUAAAUUGCUCAGUCUUCAAAGACAGAAGCUGAUGGAAUACCAUGCAAAUGGAAACAAUAUGGCAUUUAUUGUAUUAUGUGCUAUCAAACAGGCUGCUUGGUACUUGUGCUUCUAUGGUCUCCAUCCAGCAUUCUUGUAUUUAGACAAAUUAUGUCAAAACUUAGACUAUUUGAAAUUAAGGUUAGGCAUCCUCAAAUCUUUGAUUGAAGAUGAAAAGAGGAAGGUGGACAACAAUGUUACUUUGGCACACCCAUCGUUAACAAUUGUGAAGGAAAUUUUCCAGUCAUACAUGAAACGGGAUAGUUUGAAAACUUUGAUUGUGGCUGAAGAAGUAUUCUGGUCUUCAUUGAAAAAUCUUCUCAUUUCCCUGGGGUUAUCAUUCAGUGAACAAAAUGGUUCUACAAGAAAUCAUCCAUAUGCCAAUACAGGACCUGAGGACACAGAUACUAAAAUGAAAGAACUCAUGAUUUCUGACUGCUUGUUGAUUUCACACGGGCAAGUUUCUUCGUUGCUUCUACUCAACAAAUUUGACAUUAUCUUGGAAUAUGGAGGUUCAUACGCCUCAUCUAGGAUAUCUGACAUUUCCAAAAACUUGGUUGGAUUGCCUCAUCUUCACUUUUUGACGGUUGAAUUUGAUGGUCAUGCCGCUCUCAAAGCACUCUGCGAAGGUGUUGAAUUGCACCCAAACACUGAAAUGUUAUUGGAAAGUGAGACUCGUCCUAUUUUCAAUCAUAAGGAAAGUAUGAUGAAUCAGAACGUGGAGAGACUACUGAAUUUUUGUCCUGUGGAGCAAAGAUAUGACAAAAUAUGUUCAAGUGUUGCACCUGAAGCAGAUAAUAUUGUGCCACUAAUUCCUGCUUUGAAAACUGAACAAGGUCAUAAGAACAUGGAGGCUCUCCCUGGAACAGUUAUCAUCGUAAAUACUCAAAAUGUAGAUAAGGAAAUGAUAAUGUCUAGAAGAAGCUCUUACCAAGUGAUUCUGGCAAUGGAGAAAGAAGGAAUUCAAGUCGUUGAACGUGAUUUAAAUUUGCCCGCUGAUAUAAUAUUAAGUUCUGCUAUUUGCUUGGCAUGGUAUGAUAGUGAAAACCUUGGGAAGAAAGCAACUCCAACAACUGAAGCAUCCUCAAGCUUGCCUUUAUGUGUUGAGAAUAUUGCCACAGAUGUCCUAACAUUGCUUAGUUUUUACUUCCAUGGCUGCUUUCUGGUCUUUGAAGGAGAAUUUAACUUCCUUUCAACUGUAAUGGAAUCCUCUGAUGGACUUUAUGCUGCAGCAACAAGCCUGGGAAUUGAUUUGCAGAUAUUCUUCUCUUACUCACCUGAAUUGACAAAUGAGGUUAUUGUAAGCUGCAUUAAGACUGCUACGAAUACGACAAGGGGUCUGUAUCCAGAAAUGCCUGACUCGGUAACUCUUGCCGAGUCUUUUCUUACGGAAUUUCCUGGAAUAAAUCCUUUAACGGCACACUCUAUACUAUCUUCAGGGGUCAUGCUUAAUGAGUUUCUUGCGUGGUCACAUGAGCAAAGGAUGCAUGUUUUAGAAAAGUAUCACGUUCCAGAAGAAAGUAUCUCUCUUUUCAGUGUUUUCUGCAGAUAUGGGGAACGGGAGGAUUCAAAAUCCAUAAUGACAGAUUGCUCCUCUUCGGUAUCUUCUGGUCUGGACUCAGAUAGGUGUUGUUUAUAUCAAGUUCAAAAUGAAAGAAAACGAAAACAUUCUGUAAGUAGUCAUCAGAUGGAUGAACUGUGUUUUGAUGAGUUGACGCAAUUCGAGACAAUAAAUCCAGUAGUUGAGGCUGUCCCUGAUUCCUCGACCUUGCCAAAACCUUUCGAUUUUGGUAUUUCAAAAAAUACUGGGAAAUCCAGUGAGUUUGCAAAGACAAGUUUAUCCAUGAGUGAGUUUUUUGGUCAAAAGCAGAGCACCAGCGCGGCUACAAUGCGAAACCAUUCUGGAGUCUCCUAUUCACCAGGGAACUGCAAAGCUCCCCCAAAAUUAGAGCAACUGAGACAACCCGGUUUAUCUUUGAAAAAUAAAGAGUUGGCUCAAAAUGAAAUACUGGAUACUGAUUUGAUGGGAAAAAGUUUGAAUUGGCAUAGCCUUAGUAAUUCUGAGAAGCUGCAUGAAGACGUUAGAGGCGAGGUGGUGGACUUGACAGAUAACCCCUUAUUUGAUAAAAGCUUUGACAUUCCUGAUUCCAUGUACUUCACAAAUUUGAUAACAGAAACAGAGAAAGAUCCUAUGAGAAAGAAUAAAAUUGCACGGACAUUAUCAUUUGAUAAUUGUUGUCACCCAGAAACAAACUCAUCGAAAAUAUGGAGAUCUUUAAAAGAUACAGGAGAAGUAGACGAAUUCCGCGAACCAGAUUUUGGAGAAAAUGUAUUUCCUCUUGAUUUUAAGUCCCAUGGAAAUAUUGGUUUAACUCAGGCAUCAGUGAGAAAUUUAGAAGAAUCACCAUUCAAGGAAGAAUUGUCGCAUUUGAGUGAAACUCCACUCUCAUUUGCACGCCGGUCCUCUUAUCUAUUAAAAAAUUCACCCUGGACAACUGAAUUUAUCAAUAAAGUAAAAGAAAAGAGCAAAUUGCGUCAAAAAUCAUUAUCAUCUGAGAGUUCUGGCCCUUAUUUUGGGUAUCCUGGGAACAUGUCCAAAGCUUUUAAGAGAAGAAGUCCUUCUGUAAUUGAUUUGUUUAAGUACCAACCUGGCAGAAUAUCUGGAAAUGUUCCGGAACAGAAAAGACAGAAGCAAUUAGGACUCUCUUCAAACUCAACCAAGAAAGGAAGAUAUUCUACUUCCUCAUCCUCAUGGACUCCAAAAGAUAAGCGAUCAACAAAGACACUGACUUUUGGGAGGAACGGAAGUGGAGGUCAAACAAGGCUGGUCUGGAGUGAUAAAAAGAUAAACUCAUUCCAGACACAAUGAUUAUCAUAUAGAUUAUAUAUCACGGUGGCCUUAACCAUUUGAAAGGUAUUUUACUUUAAAACCAUGAUUGCGAAGUAAUUCUCAAACAACACAGGUUUCAUUACUCAGGUUAAUCUCCUCAUACUGACAAACUUCUGAUUCUGAUCUUUCUUAAUAUGGCAUAUGUCAUCUAUACUUCUCUACUAUUCUACAAUGACUCGGUGGACUAUGGAAAUGAGUGACUUCUAACAUUGAUGAAAGUUGAAGCCAAUGGUUUCCCGUGAUGAAAAUGGAGUUCGGGAUAAGAAUAGGGAGUUAGAAACCGUACCGGAUAAUCUAUGUUUGGAGCGAAUGGAGAUAUCGUAUGAUGAUUGAUUACGAUCUAAGAACCCGAUUAGGAAAUUUUAGUUCUAACGUUAUGGUUUCAUUUAG